GCCGCUAGAUGGAGACUUAAAGCAUUCACAUAUAGUAACAUUUUGGCAGACGCUUUUAUCCAAAGCGAUUUACGUUGCUUUAUCCUAUACAUUUUACGUAGGCAUUUGCAAUCCCCUGGGAUCGAACCCACAACCUGUGUUACCUAAAGUUACUGUUUGAAACUACUGCUUACAUUGCAAAGGUUCAAUUUCAUUCCUUCAAAAUAUAGCUUUACAGCGUCAUGUAGCCUAAAUUGUUUACAUUUUAACCUUUAUACUUUUGAAAGGUUACAAUUACGAAUACAUCGCCAAAUAUACAUAAAAGCACUUUUAAUAAACAUUGGGUGUUACGCAGUAUUUCUGUGAGCUCGAGUUAUUGCAACUGCGCGUAAUGAUAUAAGAAUGGAAACAGAGUUUCGUGCUUUCAGUUUGACAGUUUGGUUAUGACUCUUCUAUCUAAUAUUAAAGCAACGUUCAUAAAUGAUUUGGAUACUGGAAUCCCAUUAUGAUAGGGGGUGUUCGUAUUCUUUUGACCUCAUAGUGUAGUUCACCAUUCCUUUUGCACUUUAAUUUAUAGUUUGUAUACUGGCAUGAGUCAAAUAAAGUACAUGUGUCGUUUACUGAUACACUGAUGCCUUGCAGUUUCGUUUAUAAGUAUUCAGUGAUUCAGAAGUAUUCAGUGGAAAGCGAAACCUAACUCAAUAUUUGUCAGGCAAAGUUCUGUAUUUAACCAAUCGCGUCCUGUGACAACGUGACAAAUCCGGAGAGCACCCGAAGAGCCUGUGGUUCAGACGUUUGUAGAAGGUAAUCUCUAUCAAUAAUAAUAAACAUGUAUAUAUAAUUAUUGUACUGUAAUACUCUACAGUUAUACUGAAAAUGUGUUUAAAAUUAUAACCAACUUUGUGAUAAAUGAAUAUAAUCGUUCACAUUAUUUUGUUGAGUAAAUAUAGAAGCAUGCUGCCAUAAUUUACUAAUCACAUAAUUGUAUACAGUGUGUUAUUAUAAUUUUAUAUUUUGCAAAAUGUAUUGCUUAAAAGCUAAUGUAUUUUACAUUUUGUAUAAAUAUUUGUAACCAAAUAGAUCACCACUUGAUAAAAGAUAAAUACAAAAUAUAUAUAAAAUUAUACAAUUAAGUAAAAAAUUAUAAAAGCAUGUUAUAAAAAAUCUUAUUGUAUUGAACAUUUAGUGGCGGUUUCCCGGACAGGGACUAGGUUUUAGUUAGAUUAGGACAUUGACGUAGUUUUUACAAACAGACACGCAUUACUUGUGUGCAUUUUGAGAUUACACAGUGGCACUGAUGUAUUUAACAUAUAACAAUAUUUCUCCCUGCUUUCAUUAAGAAAUGUCGGAGGAGGAUCUUAAAAUAUUGUCCUGCCACUUCACUUGGGGCUUGGAAAAGGAACAAGCUGAUCUUAAUUUCCUUGAUGUGAAAAUCUGUGAAAGACUAGCAGUGCAAUGUGAAUAUAAAGAAAAUGUGAAACAAAGAGAUUACAACUUUCUGUCUUACAUCAAACAUCUACAAGGUGUUAAUGAUGAAGCACUAAAGAACUUGGAACUGGCGAUGAAGGAACAGACAGAUCUUCACAGAGAGGUCCAAAGUGAAAAAGCCUGGUCGCUUCUUAAGUUCUCUAGAAAAUCCUACAUCAGAGCCAAGGAGAUGUUCUUUGGGGCACUACAGAAAGAUGCAGAUGACCAGGAAUGGAACACAGGCUAUGCCUUUGCUCUUUUCCGUCUGGAGGGACUGGAGGUUGGUGAGUUCAGACGCGUACGUUUUGAAGAGUCUCCUGCCGUGGUCCAGUUGAAGAAAGCACUGAAGCUGCACCCAGACAAUGCAAUGAUUCACGUAUAUCUGGGACUCAAGUGCUACAAGAACACGAGAAACGCUGAGGCGUGGGAAUACAUGAGAAAAGCACUUAAAAUGGCACCGGAUAACCUUGGUGUUGUUUUGCAUGUUGCCAAAUUCAUGAAGAAAGAGCAGUGCUAUGACAUGGCCCUGGAAGUGUUGCUCCGAAUGGUGAGAAAAGCACCAGAUUCGUCGCGUUUGCAUCACGAAAUUGCCAACAAUUAUCGCUGGAAAGCCAUGCAGAUGAAAGACACACACAACCCACGGUUGCUCAGCCUUUGCAUUCAGUAUUUAGAGAAGGGUGCCAGUUUAAAUCCAGGCUUCAUAUACCCACAGUUGGAGCUAGCUCUAAGAUACUCGGAAGCAAAACAAUCGCAGAAGGCAGAACAGAAGUUUCAGGAGCUGUUGGCCCUUCCUGACCUAAAGCCGGCUGAUCGUCAAGCAUGGCAUCGCAUGUAUGGAGAUUUCCAUCUUUACAGGUUGGGUUCAGAGGCAACUGCAGUUGAGCAUUACAAACAAGGAAUGAUGCUGCGUCGGGUGUCUACUGAAUGGAACAGCUGCAAAAACAGACUGAAAAAAGUUCUUCAGCGUGACAGACAAGACACAUACCAAAUCAAGAAGUUCUUUGAUUCAUUAAAAACAGAGAACCCAUCAGCUGCUGAAUAAAAGAGGACAUACUUUAUUUUCCAUGGAACAUCCUAAAUUAGUUUCAAAAUGCUGUUCCCUUAUUUGUUUUCACUAAUGUAUUAGCCUUAACAGCAUACGUAUACAUCUAUUAGGCUGUUUCAACUCUCCUUUGUCACUUGUUAAAUUAAGUUUGUUAAACAACUAUACAACCAGCUUAAAGGAAAUGUUGAUUGAUGUUUAUAAUAUAUUAUAUUUAUGCUUAUCAUAAUAUGCGUUUAUUAAAUCUAAAAUAGUGUGGUUUUAAAGUUCAAAUUAAUUACCGUCCAAGUAAUGUUUAUCAUUCAAUAAUAAUUCAAUAAAGCAAUACACUAUG